AUGCGCCCAGACGUGAUCCCGACCAAACUUUGGGAGCACCCGGACCCGGAGAGCACGCCGAUGUGGCGGUUCUUGCAGAAUGUGAAUAAGCGACAUGGACUUGACAUGAAGACCUUCUCGGAGCUCCAUGAAUAUUCCCUCCAAAACCGCUCGCAAUUCUGGGCAGACGUCUGGGAGGAAGCCAACUAUAUCCACGAAGGCACCUACAGCAGAGUAGUCGACGAAUCCGCCCCCAUUGACGCCGUUCCCAUCUGGUUCGAGGGCGUCAAGCUCAGCUACGCCGAGAACGUGCUCUACUCCCGACCCAAGGGUAGCUCUUCAAGUCAAACCCGAUCCACAGUAGGGAAGGAAGACGACAAGGUAGCCGUGACCGAGGUGCGUGAAGGCGCAAGCGAAACCCGCGAUGCCACCUACGGCGAGCUCCGCGAGCGAGCAGGGAGACUAGCCGCCGCGAUGAAGGCGCGUGGAGUCAAGAAGGGCGACAUUGUGGUCAUUGUGGGUUCCAACAGCAUCGACACGCUGCUCGUCUGGCUGGCCACCUCGUGGUUGGGCGCCAUUUUCAGCAGCAGCUCGACCGACAUGGGCACCAAGGGUAUUCUGCAGCGGACGGUGCAAGUCAAUCCCAAGCUGCUGUUUAUGGACGACGCGGCCCUCUACAACGGCAAGAUCGUCGACCUCCGGGAAAAGAUGGCCGAAGUGGUCGAGGGCCUCAAAGACUGCAGCAACUUUGACAACAUUGUCUCUAUCCGACGCUUCUCCGAAGCCCGCGACAUCUCGGCCGUUCCGAAAGCCAUCACCUGGGACGACUUUCUUGCUUCCGCAGGCGCCACGCCCGCCAUCCCGGACUUCGUCCGCAUUCCCUUCCACGAACCCUACCUAAUCUGCUACUCCUCCGGCACCACCGGAACGCCCAAAGCAAUCGUACACUCCCUCGGCGGCGUGAUGAUCUCUUACUUCAAAGAAGGCGGGCUCCACGAAGGUCUUACGGGAUCCGACGUAACCCUCCAAUACACCACCACAGGCUGGAUCAUGUACCUCUCCAACGUCGCCAUCUUGCUCUACGGCGGCAAAACCAUCAUCUACGACGGCUCGCCGUUCAAACCUGACUCCUCCAUCUUGAUUUCCCUCGCCGCCCAGCAUAGAGUUACCAAGUUAGGCAUUUCUCCCCGAUGGAUGUUCGAAUUUGCCAAAAACGGCCAAUCACCCCGUGAAAUGGCCGACCUCUCAGCUUUGCGCAUCGUCACUUGCACAGGCAUGGUCCUCUCCGACCAACUAUUCGAGUGGUUCUACGACUCUGGCUUCCCCCCUUCGGUCCAGCUCGCCAAUAUCUCAGGAGGCACCGACAUCGCCGGCUGUUUCGGCAUCUGCAACCCCCUGACGCCCGUCUACGUCGGCGGCACCCAGGGUCCCUCCCUGGGCGUCGCCGUGGAAAUCUACGACUCCAUGGUUGGCGACGGCGAACCAGGCCGUCCCGUCCCCGAAGGCACAGCAGGCGAAUUGGUCGCCACCACCGCAUUUCCCAACCUGCCCUGCUUCUUCUGGGCCGAUCCCAUUCCCGAAGACCAGAAAGGGGUGGCGUCCCCGGGAACGCGCUACCACUCUGCCUAUUUUGCGCGCUUCCCGCACGUCUGGGCCCACGGCGAUUUCUGCGUGAUCCACCCGACCACGCGAUCUUUGCACCUCCUCGGGCGCGCCGACGGGGUUCUCAAUCCUUCGGGUGUGAGGUUUGGCUCGGCGGAGAUUUACAGUGUCAUUGAGCGCAGGUUCGCCGAUCGCGUGCAGGACUCGUUGUGUGUAGGGCAGAGGAGGCCGAAGGAUCAUGACGAGAGUGUGAUGCUUUUCUUGCUGAUGAAGCCCGGCCAGAAGCUGGAUGAGGCGCUGGUGAAAGAGGUCAAGGAGGCGAUUGGAAAGGAUCUGAGUAAGAGGCAUGUGCCGAAAUGGAUUUUUGAGACGCCUGAAAUUCCUACAACCAUCAAUCUCAAAAAAGUUGAAUUACCCGUCAAGCACAUCGUGUGCGGACGUAAGGUCAAGCCGAGCGGGACGCUGGCUAAUCCGCAGAGUCUGGACUUUUACUACCAGUUUGCAAAGGUGGAGGAGCUGGUGAAUCCUCAUCCUAACCUUUGAGGGUACAUAAUUAGGGGAUGAUCUCUGAGUAUGGGGAUGUCUUUACGAACUUGCGAUAAUCAUGUAAUGUUUGAUGUAUGAUCAGGGGAUUAUUAGUACGACAGUAAUGUACACGACACAAGUGUUGGAUACGAUGAUGAGCUGAAUCCAAGACUUACCAACC